CGAUUUCUCCACAGUCCAAAAAAUUUCGAUUCGAAAAUUCGCAGCAAACCCGCUCGCAAAUCGCCGCUGAUAUCCAAGCUCACUUUGUUCACCGAGUUUGCAUGAACCCGCCUAGUCGUCGACCUUUUUGUUCCCUCGCGGCAACACCCCAACAAACCCUUACGGCGGCUUGCAACCCGAACCCGGACUUUCUCCCCUCCCAAAGCAAAGCAACUAUUUUUUGCAACAAAGGAAACACAAGGGGAAGAAAUGGCGGAUUCUACAUUACAGGACCGCCUGCGCGAGCACUCAAAGGCCUUUGAUGGUCUUUUGUCCCUUAUUCCGGCCAAGAUGUACUAUGGAGAAGACAACUCUGACCAAUGGAAGAAGAAGAAGCAGACAAAGGCCGAGGCGAAGGCGGCCAAGAUCUCUAAGCUAGACCCCGACAGCGAGCUGAACCGCAACGCAAAGGAGGUCAUGGACGAGCGCGCGGCACGCAACAAGCGCAAGCUGCAGCAGAUGCAAGAGGAGGAGGACAAGGAAGAGGCCGCCGGCGAUGACGAAGACCUCCCUGGUGUGCAGAGGGAGCUGCCCGGUCAAGGCCUUCGCAACAAGGACUACAAGAAGCAGAAGACUGCCGAUCCUCUCGACACGGUCGAAGACGUCAACCCAGCCGAGAUGUCGCAAAACCAGCUGAUGAGAAUGGCGAGGAAGGAGGCCAAGAAGGAGAAGCGCGCGGAGAAGAAGGCAAAGAAGGCCGAGAAGAAGGCCGCCAAGGUGGAGGCCGGCGACGAUGCCGCAGACGACGCCGCCACCGUCCAAGUGCCCGAGGCCAAGACCUCCAACAAGCCGGCGGAGACCAAGGCCGCAAAGUCGCCCGCCGCCGCCAAGAAAGAACCCAAGAAGCAACAGAAGAAGGUCGAGUCGAAGGACGCAGAGCCCGUCAGCAACGACCACGAUAGGGACGAAAACGACAGCAAUGAUGAGGAGUACGAGACCGUCGACGAGGGGUCCGAUGCCGAGGGCCAAGUCGCGACGGCGGACCUCAACCCUCUCGACCUCUCCGGUCUCAAGGCUGCCGAGUCCAGCGGCGCCUCAAGCCCGACCUCAACACCUAACUCCACCUUUGACGCCGCCCCCGGUGCGAACCCCACCUCGGCCGAGGCCGCGAGCGCCACCACCUCAACAAGCUCCACGGUCCCGCCCUCCGAGAAGCCGAAGCACAUUAAGCUCCCCGCCGACACCUCUGCCCUCCGUGCCCGGCUCGCGGCGCGGAUAGAAGCCCUCCGCGCGGCCCGCAAGGCCGACGGCCCCGACGGCAAGCCCAUCCGCACGCGCCAGGAACUCAUCGAAGCGCGCCGCGCCAAGCAGGCGCAGCGCAAGGAGCACAAGAAGGAACUCCGCGCCAAGGCGCGACUCGAGGAGGAGGCCAAGCGCGAGGAGGCCCUGGCGUCCAACUCGCCCAGCGUUAUGUCCCCGCGCGUCGGCCUCGGCGACGACGACGACGAGCCGGCCAACUUCGCCUUCGGCCGCGUCGCCUUCGACGACGGCACCAAGCUCUCGCACGACCUGACGUACGCCCUCAGCACGCACAAGAAGCGCGGGCCGUCGGACCCCAAGACGGCCCUCCUCAAGAUCCAGAACCAGAAGAAGCGGCUCGCGGCGCUCGACAAGGAGAAGCAGGCUGAAAUCGCCGAGAAGGAGCAGUGGCUGACGGCUCGGAAGCGGGCCGAGGGCGAACGCAUCCGCGAUGACGAGCACGCGCUCAAGAAGGCCGUCAAGCGCAAGGACCAGGCCAAGAAGAAGAGCGAGAAGGCGUGGAAGGAGCGCAGCGAGGGCGUCGCCAAGUCCAUCCGCGACCGGCAGAAGAAGCGCGAGGAGAACAUCAAGAAGCGCAAGGACGACAAGCUCGCGCACAAGCUCGGCCGCAAGAGCGGCAAGAAGGUUGGCGGCGGCGCCAAGAAGGCGCGUCCCGGGUUCGAGGGGAGCUUCGGCGGCGGCAAGAAGAAGAAAUAAGCCUUGGUCACGUACAUACACUGCCUCCGUCCGGCCUUGAGCGAAGCACCCUUUCUUAUUUGCGAGGGCCAGAAGACUUUGCCAAAGGUGGACGCGAGACACGAAGGCUUAAUCGAGAUUAGCAGCAACAGGAGGAGGAGGAGGAGAAAAGGGUCUUUUGAGGAAGGAAAAAACCGAUGGCGGCAAUUGCAUCAGCACCAUUAUCAUUGUCAUCUGCUACGGAUGGGAAAACCGGCGUUUAUGGGAAAGGUGGCAAACCACUGUACUUCUUUUUUUAUUCACAUCUUCCUUUCUUCUCUUCUCGCACAACCAAAACGGGGUGGGAAGACGGGGGACGACGGCGUAGGAGGGGAACCCAUGAAUACAUAUUUCAAUCGUUCUAGCCAUGGCCUGAACUCGCCUCGCCUUCUUGGUUCCCUAGCUUUCCGCGGUCAUCAGGUCUCCGUAGUGGGCUGGCCACCAAAGCGC